AUUUUGACCACUUAUGCUGCCCUGCCUCAUCUUCAUUAUCCAUUCGCUAUAACUCUUGGUUGUAGUAAAACAAGCUAGCUAGAAAAGCAAGAGACUUAUGAAUACUAUGAGAUGAGUUCAGUAGGGCAAAGCAUAUUGAUGGCACUAACUGUUACAGUUAACAAGUAUGCUUCAUCCAAUUUGCAAGCAGUUCAUAGAACACAAGAAAAAGCAGGAAACCAAACCACACCAACAUUGAGCACCAAUGGGGAAGUGGGAAGGAGAGGACUCAUCUUAUCUACUGCAAUUGCCACCACCCAAGUACCUGAAUCUAGGACUCAGCUUCUAAAAAAAUAUCAGAAGAAAUCUGAGGAAAACAAGGAGAAAAAUGACAAAGAGAGACUGGAUAGUUAUUACAAGCGUAACUACAAGGAUUACUUUGAAUUGAUGGAAGGGACUUUGAAGGGAAAAGAUGGGGAGCUUUCAGAAACAGAAAAGGGUAUCCGUGAUUGGCUUCAAAGUAACAAGUGAAAUUCUACUUUUCAGUCAUUGAAUUUGUUUUGUAAAAUGUAGAGGCACCUUCCAAAUUGUAAAUUAGAGCCACAUUGGUAUGUAGCCUAGUAGAUUGUGAUUUUCUGUAUCCUUGAAAUUCACCUAGUACAACCAUUUCAAGUAUUGAUAUUGAUUUAUAUUUGACCAUAGUUGGCAUCACAUUCUUCAAUAGUAUAUUUAACCCAAAAAAAUCAUUGGCUCCAAGCCUCCAGCAAUUUCACCUUCUCAGGGUUUUAAAUUGUGUUGGAAUCAAGUGUUGGAGUCAAGUCCCACAUCGGAGAAGUCAAGGUGAGAGGGAGAGUUUAUAAGAGAUGUGACCCAUAAACCUAAUGCCUUAAGGUUUUGGGUUAAGAUGUGGUGUCCAAGAUCUCCUUGGUGUCUCCUCUCGGCCUUGGCCCAUAGGUCCUCGCCGUAACUCUCCCAACAAGUGGUAUCAGAGCCGAUGGUUUGUGGAGUGUUUUGAAGUCGGUACAUUGGCAUCGCGACCAUAAUUAUAUCCUGCAUCUAUCUACUACACUUGAAAGGGAACCUCAAAGGGGUACUGUUCAUAAGAGAACUACACAUCUCGACCGUUCAAUUUAAUUUUUGUUGAUCUAUGUUUCCAUUCAAGCAAUCUUGCCCGUUCAUAUUUGGCUGACCCAAAGAGACGUCAUCAGUGUUUUUUUCACGCUUUCUCCCUCUAGCUAACGACGUCAUUGCCUUUGCCGAAGAAGGAUGGAUGGGUUGAAGGUGAAGAGCGUGCGUUUGGCAGGGUCUCAUCCCAUACAAGUCAGUUUCUCAUCUGUUCCCGUCAAAUCGGGUCUCUGCUUCCUUCAAUUUCAUCAUCACGCAUGCUCGCUUUCCCUUCCGUGUUCAAGGAGGUUUCCCUCGCCGAAGAAGGAGAAGAGUGUUUGCUAGGGUUUGCGUUCGCGAGAUUAGGUGAAAAUGGUCAGGAGUGAGUGAGGUGACAAUGAGAAGGAAUAGAAUAGAUUGUUGAAGGAGAAGAGCAAAAUCACAAGCCAAAGACGUCCUUUACUUUCGUCAGCUGAUGCUUUCCCUGUCAGUUGAGUACAAGAGGGUUGGUAUUCAUUGUGGUCCAGCAG